GGAUAAAACGAAGGAUUUUUGCUAUUUAAUAAAUAUUAAAUAUCCUCAAAACAAUUCCCUAUCAGUGAGCCACCCUGUGCAGCUUGUUGGUGUGUUCAUUUUAGUUGAGAAAACCCCUGAGCAAAACAGAAAGAGCGAGAGAGAGAGAGAAGCCGUGUAGUUGGCCAGAGUAUACGAGCGAUGCCAUGUAGAAAGUUGAACAGUUCAUCCAUCCAUUCAUUCGUAGGAAACCAUCAUCGCGUGCGGUUGUCAUCGUCGCGUUUCGAUUCCGACUGUUUAGUGAAAUGGUUUCUUGUAAUAUUGAACCAUUAUAAAAAAAGACCGGGCAGUUUGCUAACAAUUGCAACAACGAUCUGUUUGACGGGCAGUAGUAACAGUUUGCGGAAAAUUGUGUAUCUUCAACCAUCGACAAAACGCUAGUGCCGUGUAUGUAUAUGUGUGGCCUGUGUGUGCUUGAGUUUGUGUUGUGAAUUUCCCAGGGACGGAAAAAGGGCCCAAAAUGCGUAUCCGUGCUUGUCACGGUUUUUCCUUUCGGUUCCAUUUCAUCCCUUCCCGUUGAUUAGCGAGGAAUAGUUGGUGCAAAAUCCAGCCCGCAGUGUGUCGCAGUCUCGUAUGUAGCGAAUUGCAUAGCAACCGCAUAACGGCGACGAAGCAGGCCAUAUCGUUCGCAAAUCACGAUGCAAUUUUAUCCCAUCCUGUGGUGAAGCCAUUUUCCAUCCCGCAAAACGUGGAACACAGACCAGACCCAAACAUUGAUUUUCUUGCACCUUACCCCACCACCGGAGGCUAGGCCUUACAAAGCGAAAAGGAAUAAAAAAAAGUGCAAGAACCAGCCCCAACCAGCGUUCGUGAGUGAACGGAAAGAAAGCAAAGCCUCCCCUUCGACUCUGGAACCCCUCUUGGCUGGGCUUGCUUGGGCCUUGGCAGCAACGGCGAAGAAGGAAGUGUACGGGAAAGCCUGCGAGAGAAGUUCGAAGGUUUAAAAAGGGCGCAGCGCAACACCGUAAGAAGGAAGGAAGCGAAAAGAAAUCCCGAAAGAAAGCCACACAACCAGCAAAACGACGUCCAAACGUCGUCGAGAUCAAAGAAAGCCAUCUUUCUCCUCUUCGCUAGCAGAGUGCGCGCGCGAGUGUGUGUUUUUGUCUAUGCGUGUGAUUCGCUGUGUGGCUGUGUCUUUGCGUGUAUGUGAGCUGUUGGUGGCUGCAGUAAAGCCUGCUGUCCCGUUUGUUGUUUUUUUUUCUUCUCUCGUCUUUAAAACCGGUGUCUUGCGAAAAGGGCACACUCAAAGCGAAAGCCACACACCCCGCAAGAAAAAGUGGUUAAAGAGGUUAAAAAGCGCGGAAAAGUGUUUUGUAAAGUGAAGGGGGAAGGUUGCACCUAUAUGUAUCGUGUGUGUCCAAAAGUGUCGUCUGGUGUGGAAAAGUGUGCUUGUUGAGAAAAAGGGGAGCGAAAAAUUGUAUGAAACGCCCUUAGGCGCAGUUCGCCUGAAGUGUGAAAAUUGCAUUCAAUCCAAGCAAACCGCUGCCAAAAAGUGGGCUGGAAAAACGCGACCCACAGCUGUGUGUGUGUGAGUGCGUGUAUUCGUGUAUUUUUGUUUGCCAAAUUUUGCUCUCCCUUUGCCCCAUCCGUUCGAUCAUGUAGAGGGGCCGCAAAGAGGAAAAGCGAAAAUUAAGUAUCCAGAAAUUUCAUUUAUUUUUUUUUUUGCGUGUGCCUCCCGUGUGUUUAUAUGUUUGUACCAUCGUUGGUACGUCGGCUGUGUAUGUGUGUUUCGCGGUGUAUCUGUUGCUAGGGGUGAGAAUUUUCCACGCAAUGUGGCGAUCGUUUUAUUUUUAUUUCUCUGUCCGACCAUCGUUCGGCAGAAGGCGACCGUAAAGUAAAGGAGCCGGGUUUGCGGUUUAUUUGUCGUGCAAGAAAACCUAUCCAGCAUAUCGAGCGUCUCACGGACGUGAAGAGGAACCGCAUCCACAGUCCUGCGUGUGUGUGGGACGGCUACUGGGAGAAGGGUCACGCUCACGAUCAAGCGAUCCGUUCGUCGCCCUUCGAAACACUUCCCUGUGUUCCCGCAUGUGGUAGCGACGAUCGACGUUCAUCGACGUAUAUCGGUGUGGCCUCCUUCGCUACGAGUACGACUGUGGCCCGCAGUGAGAAACUUCGCAAAAACACCCCAACCACCCAACCGCCUACUUUCCCCCUCCCCACCCCGCUCCACGCUCAUUCGGCACAGCGGUGGAUCGGUGGUGCUGUUGCGCAGCCCGCAAGAUGGCGGCCACUAACCGGGCGCGGCCACAGCCCCGCGCCAACAUAUCCUUCUUCUCGAAGAUUCAGGGCAAGAUCAGCGAUGCGUGCGCACAGCAGAAAUUUCUCACCGACAAGAAAACGCUCGAAAAGACGUGGAAGCUGAUGGACAAGGUGGUGAAGCUGUGCCAGCAGUCGAAAAUGAACCUCAAGAACAGCCCACCGUUCAUACUGGACAUCCUGCCGGAUACGUAUCAGCGGCUGCACCUGAUCUACUCCAAGUACGAGGAUCAGAUGCAUCUGCUGCACUCGAACGAGCACUAUAACAUCUUCAUCAACAACCUGAUGCGCAAGUGCAAGCAGGCAAUCAAACUGUUCAAGGAGGGCAAGGAGAAGAUGUUCGACGAGAACUCACACUACCGGCGGAACCUGACCAAGCUCAGUUUGGUCUUUUCCCACAUGCUGUCCGAGCUGAAGGCCAUCUUCCCGAAUGGGCUGUUUGCUGGCGAUCAGUUCCGCAUCACCAAGGCGGAUGCGGCCGAGUUUUGGAAGACACGAUUCGGCAACAGCACGCUCGUACCGUGGAAGCUGUUCCGGUUCGAACUCUCCUUAGUGCAUCCGAUCUCCUCCGGACUGGAAGCGAUGGCGCUUAAAACCACCAUAGACUUAACGUGCAAUGAUUAUAUAUCAAAUUUUGAAUUUGAUGUGUUUACAAGGCUGUUUCAACCCUGGAAUACGUUGCUGAGAAAUUGGCAAAUCCUUGCUGUGACCCAUCCAGGCUACGUAGCUUUCCUAACCUACGACGAAGUCAAAGCACGCUUACAAAAGUAUAUCACUAAGGCUGGUAGUUAUGUUUUCAGAUUAUCCUGCACACGGUUAGGGCAGUGGGCGAUAGGGUACGUGACGCAAGAGGGUGAAAUCCUGCAGACGAUCCCGCAGAAUAAGUCAUUAUGUCAAGCUUUACUAGAUGGCCAUAGGGAAGGAUUUUAUCUAUACCCCGAUGGCAAACCGAACAAUCCCGACCUUUCGUUUGCUGUGCAGAGCCCGCUCGAAGACCAUAUCACCGUGACGCAGGAACAGUAUGAGCUGUACUGCGAAAUGGGAAGCACCUUCCAACUGUGCAAAAUCUGUGCGGAAAAUGAUAAGGACAUUCGCAUUGAACCGUGCGGCCAUCUGCUAUGCACACCCUGCCUAACGGCCUGGCAGGUGGACUCGGAGGGUCAGGGCUGUCCGUUCUGUCGGGCGGAAAUCAAGGGUACGGAACAGAUCGUGGUCGAUGCGUUCGAUCCGAAGCGACAGCACAAUCGCAACUCGGCGAAUGGACGCCAGCAGCUACAAAAUGACGAUCACGAUGACGAUACGGAGGACGAUUUCAAUAUUGCCACCUCAUCCCUGCACGCGCUGAGCAACAGCAUGACGCUGGCACGCAACAACAACGACAAGCAAAGUCCGCACUCAUCGCCCCGUCUGCCCCGACGCCAGCAACAGCAGCAGCAGCAACAACAACAACAGUCCCAACAGCAACCGCCAUCGACGUGUCAACCGAUCACGCAGGCACCUUCGGCACCGGUGUUAUCCAGUAGUGACAUCUAUGCCGGAGGUCCAUCAUCAAUGCUACUAGUUGGAAUCACCAGCCAACCACAACACCCAACCGGCCACAGUGGAAAUAUCGUUGCAAGCGCACCAAUAGGACCUGCUUCUGUCGGUACCUGUAAUUCCUGUCCUGGAGCUCACCCAUCCUCCAACACAUCAUCCUCCUCAUCAUCGUCCACAUCAUCCACGACCACCUCGUCGUCCUCGCCCUCCUCCUCGUCCUCCACCUCCUCAACCUCUUCUUCAUCGUCAUCUACCACCUCCUCGUCCUCCUCCUCGUCAUCUUCAUCCGGGGGUGUAGGAAGCACCGGGAUGGCAUCAGCACCAGUCGCAACUUCGCACCCUGCCCUUAGUUCCCCGGCAGCCAUUGCUGCGGCAGCGGCAGCAUCGGCACCACCGCUAGCGGCGGCCACCGUAUCGCACACAGUCAACGGCAACCUGGCGACACACACGAACAUUUCGCUUAGUAGCUGCGGCACCAACAGUCCCGUCACACACAACAACCUGGUGAAGUGUAAUAAAUCUUCCUCCUCUUCCCUUCUACCGCAGGGCGGUGGCGUUAGUGGGGGUGCCACCUCCUGUACCGGAUCUCACCAGCAGCACCAGCCGGCUAAUCGGUUGAGUGCCCCCGUCAGCAGUGCAGUCGGAUCCGGUAACUCACCGAGCAGCUAUCUCAUCCUGAAAGCACUCAACAAGGCCCUCUCGAGCGAAACGACUGCCAGCUGUCAGGGUGGAUCGAUGGAGUCGAUCUACCAGCACGGCUAUCGGCAAUGUACGACGACUCCACCACCAUUGCCACCUCGCAAAUCUUCGCCGGGUAUUUUAGCGGGGAGCGGUAGUGGACCUACGGAUAAUCGACUUCAGAAAUCGACCGUCUGUAGUAAUCGUGUGAUCUCCAGUACUCCAUCGGCGCAACACCUGCAACCGAACGCGGUACGACCUUCGGGUCAGAUUAAUGGUGCAUCGAGCAUGGGCAACUUGGCAAACCAUACGACCGGUGGGCUACAUCUUAGUCGCAGUUCGGAGAAUCUCCCAUCGUUGGCAUCCUGCCAACAGCAACCCGCUCCACCGCCCGUUCCCAAACAUCAGAACAUCGUAGUGACGGCACAGGAACAACACCACACGGCGACAUGUCCUUGUUCUAGCUCACAGCAACAAUCUGCAGCAGUGACCGACCCAUUCGCAGCUGCUGACGGCAGCUCCGAUAAGGUGAUCGUCGGUCCAGCGGAAACAAUCGUCGGUAUUAUCGACACGAGGCCACCCGAAGCGCGCCAUCCGAUCAUACUGAAGGUGGACGAAAAGUCGGACCAAAGUCUGAUCCUUACCGCUGCCCUCACACCCAACAACGUGUACCAGUUCAAGCCGACGAGUGCGUCGGUGAGCACCAACAAUCUGAACGGACUCGUCACGGUACAAACAGCGCUCAGUGAGCAGGUUACCAGCAAUAGCGGAGAGUCAGCGACAACAGUCAGCACAACGUCGGUCCAGUACAAACCAGCUCCGGCUCAACCGCAACCAACGCCCCAGCGACAGCCGCAACCCCAGCCAAGGACACAGUUCACGCAACCACAACAACAACCCCCGACAUCUGGUGCGUCGACUCCUUCGAACAAUCAUCAGCGACAUCAGUCGCUACCGGCCAACAGUGCAGCCGUCGGUGCAAAGAUCCUGCCGCAUCCACCUUCCAAAUCGAUCACCUCCUCACAGUUGGCAGCAUCUGCAGGUGGCGGUCGAACCGCUAUAUCCUGCAGCAGCAGCAGUAGUACCGGUGGUCAUCCGCUUGUAUACGAGAACGUCAAUCUAGCAUCUAGCGGUCCACUGAAAGACUGUUCAAGCAAUCGGCACGUAAUGCCAGCCAGUGGCGGCGUUAGCACUAGCAACACUAGCACCGCCAGUAGCAACAAUAACCAUCUAGCCAAUUUCAGCGGUGGUGGAGGAGGGCCUUCGCUCAGCUCGGCCCUCAACAACAACAACAACCCGAACGUACCGUACGAGAACAUUAACCUGGAGUACAUUGCACGGCUAAUGCAGGAAGGCUACUCGAAGGAGAACGUCAUUACGGCACUGGGUAUCUCGCGUAAUAACAUUGAGAUGGCGUGCGACAUACUGCACGAGUUCGUCAGCAAAAGUGGAGGCGGUUGAACGGGAUGGGACAUGAGAAGGGAAGCAAACCGGUAACAAUGCAAACACUAGUUAGGAGAUUAGGAUUUUGUAAUGAGAUAGACACUGGGAAGGACGCGUGACUGCGAUCGUUGCGAUUUGAAGAAGGACAAAAUCGAUAGAAAAGAAUUCCCGGCAGUGUGUGUGUACAUAUAGCGAGAUAGUAGGAUUAUUAUACUCUAUAUUUAAGCAUGCGAGUGUGUUGUGUUAGGAUUUUUAAUUGCCGUUGAAGUAAACACGCGAUCUGAAGCUAGUUUUCGUAGGAUGAGUGUGUGUGUAUGAGUGUAGAUCAACGGUUGAGGAGUGUAUUAUCCUUUCAUCAAAUGGAAGCUUUAUUUUAGUUCCUUAUCGAGCGUGGUGAAGUUUACGUUUAGCAUUAGAUAGACACGAGGUAUUUUUGUUUUUAAACUCUAUCAAUUUUGUAGCUCUCUGUUUCUUUUAUUUUUAUUAUGGAUCACUAUCUUCAGAAGAAGAAGGAUUUUGCAUUAGACGACCACGGAGGAAAAAUAGUCAAACACGUAGCGCGUUUACAACUUUUGCGAACAUUCCUGACUGUGACAUCUCCUAUAGUGGAGGUAGUUUUACUACAACAAAUGCGCACAAACCAAACAAACAAACAAACAAAAGAUAUGCAAAUUUCCGCAUGUGGAUUUCUGUGGAAGCAGAUUUAUUGUAUACGGCAAAAGACUCUAAAAGCUCUGUUAGUCACAAGCGCUGAAAAUGUGUUGCCAUUAUUCUCUUUUUCUCGUAGAGUUUAGUGAGUUAUUUCAAUGCAACGUCUGCAGCAAAAACCGAUACCAGAUUUUUUGAAAAACUUUAGAUAAACUCUGAAUUUAUAGCACGCAGUUGUAAAAUGAAUGUGUAACCCGUUUUGUAAAGAGUAAUGAUGUGGCUGUGGUUUUCGCAUGUUUUUAUCAAAUUUUGCUAACGAAAAACUGUAAGACAAGAAUAAUUGUAUGCUUUCGGGUAGAUAAAAAGAAACUUACUAAUAGUACGAAUAAAGUCACAAAGCUUUGGAGUUGUAGACAUAUUUCAGCGCUCGUGCAAUCUCGCGGCUUUAAGAUGCAAGGUGCGCGUUCGUGCCAAAGUGUGACGAUAGGUGACAUUCAGUCCUUGUGUUCCUUUUCACUGUAAAAAUAAAACAAGAAUUGAUAGUCGACAUAGUAAGGUUCACUAGUCAUGCGUUUGUCGUCCUUACACUCACCCAUCGAAAAGAGCACAUAGUUCUGCGUUUUAUUAAGCCAUAACAACCUACCAAGUCAUUGCUUGCUGGAUAGAUAGGUUUAAAACAGACUAACGUACACGGAAAUGUAGCUGCAAUAUGCGACUCGUCCCGAUAGGACAGAUGUAUUAUAAGUUCCGUGCACUUGUAUCAAAGCAACAACAAAAAACAGGAUAAAGAAUCUGAAUGUGUGUAUAAAUGAUUUGACUGAUCGGUUCGAUCGGAUCGUAUACAAUAAGCUUUACGUUGCCGUUGAUAUUACAGGCGUUUUAAUUUAUGCUUACAUUACGAAGUUGAAUACAUCUCACAGAAACUAA